AUCGCAUCAUAAGGCGGCGCCAGGCGCCAGCCAAGGAAGGGAUGCCACCGGCGGGCCGCAUUCCGGGGGUCAUCGUCCUGGCCCUCGGCGUCGGGGCGCUGGGAUUCCCCGACGCGAUGCGCCUCGUGGCGGGGCGGCCGCGGAACCCGCUCCUCGACAUCGCCGCCUGCGCGGUCGCCAUGGUCGUGGCCACGGCCUACGCUCUCGGCACCAUGCUGCUGGCGCGUUUCGUCCGCAGCGGUGGCGGUGACGCGCCGCCCGCGGACGCCUUCGCCCGCCUGACCUUCGUCGUCUCCCUCGCCGCUGCGCUGCUCGUCUCCGCGUGCCUCCUCUUCCUGCCCGCGCCCGCGCCCGGCGCCGGCGGCCUGCCCUGCCAUACUGUCGACGCCAUCGCCGGAGAAAGCGAUGUGGUCGUCUCGGCCCUCGUCGCCGUCGGCGCCGUCGCCGCGGUCGUCCCCUUCGCCAGGCGUAUGCUCCGCCUCCGCACCGCCCCUGCUUCGACUUCGAGCCCCACGUCCUCGUCCUGAGCUUCGCGGUCCUCCUCCGCCUCUCCUCCAAGAACACAUAGGGACUAUUUUGAAGGUAUUGAUUUGGGAUUUCUGGAGCUUAUUAUCAGCUUGUCGUAGGUACUCGCAUGUCACAGAUGGGGAUGGAGUAGCAGAAUAAAUGAAUGAAAUGAUCAUUCAAGUGCUCAGUUCAGCCACUGUCUAUUUUUAGUCUUUGCUAAAAUCGGGAGCAAAGCAUGACAUGCGAUACUGGUGGAGCCGUUCAAUAAGAAUGUGUGCGCAGCGCAAGAAUGA